AUGGCUGUCGGCAAGAACAAGAGAUUGUCAAAGGGCAAGAAGGGCCUGAAGAAGCGCACCGACNCCAAGGACUGGUACAACCUCAAGGCCCCUUCCACCUUCGCCAUCAGAGAGUACGUUUUCGCCAAUCCGAUUUGCGCCCGCCACUGGACGAAAAGAAAAUUCUUUACUAACACACCACAAGUGNUUGGCAAGACCCUCGUCAACCGUACCACCGGUCUCAAGAACGCCAACGACGCUCUCAAGGGCCGUAUCUUCGAGGUUUCGCUCGCCGAUCUCCAGAAGGAUGAGGACCACUCCUUCCGCAAGGUCCGCCUGAGAGUCGACGAGGUUCAGGGCAAGAACUGCUUGACCAACUUCCACGGUCUCGACUUCACCUCCGACAAGCUCCGCUCGCUCGUCCGCAAGUGGCAGUCCCUGAUCGAGGCCAACGUCGUCGUCAAGACCACCGAUGACUACCUCCUCCGUCUGUUCUGCAUCGCCUUCACCAAGAGACGCCCCAACCAGAUCAAGAAGACCACAUACGCCCGCAGCUCGCAAAUCAGACAGAUCCGCAAGAAGAUGACCGACAUCAUGCAGCGUGAGGCCAGCAGCUGCACUCUUUCGCAGCUUACCCAGAAGCUCAUCCCCGAGGUCAUCGGCCGUGAGAUCGAGAAGUCCACCCAGGGCAUCUACCCUCUCCAGAACGUCCACGUCCGCAAGGUCAAGCUCCUCAAGUCCCCCAAGUUCGACCUUGGUGCUCUCCUCAACCUCCACGGCGAGUCCAACACCGACGAGUCCGGCCAGAAGGUGUGUUCAGCCUCGACAUCUCAAUAUAUCUUCUGCCUAAUACUAACCUGUCACAGGNUUGAGCGCGAGUUCAAGGAGACCGUCCUCGAGAGCGUGUAA